AUGACCCCUACCCACUUUGCAUUCUCUUCAGCCUUCAUACUAGGUUUAGCGGGCCUUGCCUUCCACCGAACUCAUUUUCUAUCAGCCCUCUUAUGCUUAGAAGGACUAAUACUCUCCUUAUUUAUUGCUCUGUCUUUAUGAACCCUCCAAUUUAACACAAUAAACUCAGCGUCCCUUCCAAUAAUUCUAUUGGCUUUUUCAGCCUGCGAAGCCGGAGCAGGCCUAGCCCUUCUAGUAGCCACCACACGUACCCACAGUAACAGUCGCCUCCAAAGCCUUAACCUCCUCCAAUGCUAA